GAACUGGGUUUCAGUGGACGCUGCGGUCGAGUUCGUGAAGCUGCUGUUUCGGUACGAGCAGUGGGAAGCCUUCCGCUCUCUGGCAGGCCUCCUCAUCCCAGUGCUGCAGGGUUUGCAGAAGCCUUGCUUCAGGAGGGCGGAGCUGGAGCUGGUGCUGCUGGUGGCCGUGGAUCCUCUCAUUAGCACACAGAAGAGCAGGAACCUGGGCAGAGGUGGCCAUGUGGAUGGGGGGGCCUGGUCAGUUCCCCGACAAGGACAGGUCCCCGGGAGCAGCAGUGUCUGAAGACCUCUUGGCUGCAGUGGAAACCCUCCAUAGCUGUGUCUGUGCUUCGGUCCAGGACAUCCAGCCCGACAGAGACCUAGCGGCGGACAUCCUGCAGCUCCUGUGGGCCAAAUGCAAGGCCGUGUUGCGCGGAGGCCAGAGUGGACACUGUGUCAGCCGGCUGCAGAACCAGAGCAGGUGGGUUCGGGUUCUGUACAUUCUCUGCGAGGUGUCCCACUCCUGCCAGCUGGCCCGCUCGGACCCGGUGGCCGUGGGUGAGAUGGCACUGAGGUUCACAGCAGCGCUGGAGUCCACGUUAAGCUCUGUACCUCAGCCGGGAAGGAAGCUGGCCAUACCAAGGGUCAGCAGCCGGGAGACGAGGUCUGUGGACUUGCAAACAGAUAUGGCGCCUGUCCCCAAGAAUGACGCGGCAGAGCAGCUGAGCACAGCAUUGGACGUUGUCGAGCGUGCCGUGCAGAGUAUGUCCUGGGGUCGGGCCCGAUUUCUUCCACGUGACGGGACAGCCGUGUCUGACGUGGCCCAGCUGCAGCAGUGUGCAUGCUGUACCCUCCUGUCAGCUGGAGGGGAGGAGUCGGGGAGCAGUGGUAAGAGGAGCUCCUCUGACAACUCCAACAUUACCUCCAUCCACAUGGACCUCCACUUGGAGCUGCUGGCUGUCCAGCACAGAUUAGCUCUCAAGCUCCUCAACACUUAUCCAGAUGACAUGCAGCCUACAAACGGCAAGACGUCAUCCUCUGAGAACUUGGCCGGUCCUGGGAAAUCAGAGGGUGAGCUCUUGGAGAGGAUUGGAAGGAACAGGAUCUCCAAGGCCGUCUUCCUCAUGCAGAAGGCCCUGCUAUCUCACGGGAACGACAUGGGCAGAUCCAAAGCCAAGGAGCUGCUGCAGGAAGCCAUGACCCUCAUUGAGAAAGCGGAGGUGGAGGAAAAGAGGCUGAUCAGGAUGCAGGCGGUACCAGAACCAAGCAAGGCAGCGGACGGGAAGGUUAAGGUCCCACCUCCCCCGAUCCUGCUCUUUCGAACGCAGCACUCCAUGAUAUUCGCUCCUGCUCCCUAUGCUCUAGACAAGCAGGUGUGCUGGUACCGCCUCUAUGGACGGGAGGCCACGGGCAUCAAUCUGAAAGUGCGUCUCGGUGACUCCCAGCUUCCAGGCACCGGAGAAGAGGUGCCCGCUCUGAGAGAAUGCCUGCUGAAAGUGGAGGGGCUGCAGCCCAAUCGCAGGUAUGUCUUUGCUGUGGCUGCAUGUGAUGCCCAGGGCCAACUGCUAGGGGGCGCCAUCGGUGAGACCACCCACCCACUCCUGGCCUCUCUGCCCCUGCCCAUACUGAGCACAUGGGCACACCUGGCACAGGUAGCAUAUCAGACUGGGAUCAAUGCCCUGGUUAAGAGGGCAUCUAGAGAGUUGUGGGAGCACUUUACGCACACUCCUCUGCCUCCACCCAAACCGGAGUCUGGCAGCUCCACAGACCAGCUUGCCCAGACAAGGCUGUGUUUGAGUGCACUGGAGCAUGCCUCCCCCGUUCUCCUCCACCUCUUCCUCACCUCCAUCUUCAUGCAGACAGAUAUCCAUGUCCAGGAGAGGGCGCUGUACUGUGACAUGCUGAGCGAUGGGGGGCCCUUGAUUUGGGGACAGGAGGCGAGGCUAGCUGAGUGUGACCGUUUUCUGGUGGCAAUAGACCUGGCCCUUUGGCUGGAAGACAGUGGAGCCGCCGUUCAGGCCGUGGUGGGAUGCUACGGGCUACUAACCCCGUUCAUAUACCACAGAAUCCAGUCUCAGGCUGCUGUACAGGUGCUGAUAAAGUGCUUAGUGGUGCUGCAGGAGAUCCCAGGGGAACUUCAGCAAAGGCACUCUGCAGCCACCGUGGAUUCCCUCUUGCACAUGGUGGCCUGCAUGACCUUCUACGUGACCAAGGUGCUGCGUCUCUCGCAGCAGUACCGCACGGCGUCGGCUGUGGUCGAGCUGGGCAGGACACUGCUGCAGCAAGCUGCACAUGCAGGGGUUUCUAGUGGACCUGAGCUAGUCCCACAGAGGGAUGCAGCCAGCGGCCCGACUGACGAAGAGCCCAGCAAGCAGCUCCGGGCUCUGGAAUCCUGCACAGCGACGAGUGGGGGGCUGGGCAACUCCGGGCCAUGUGACCUCACUUCCUCCAGAAGCGAGAACCAAAACCUGACUGGAUUGGAGGAACCAGCACAGGUGUAUUCAGUGAUCAACCACAGCUCCCUAGAAUCUGCCUACAGAGAGGUGAUGAAGUUUCAGCAGAGGCCUGACUUCCUGGAGCUCGCUGUGCACCUGCUGCAGAGGGGGGUGCUGGAGGAUCAACUGGAGCUUGUGCUGCAGUGGGGGAAGGAGCUUUUGCUGUGGCUUAGCAGGCAGGAUGAGGUUCUCACCGGGAAAAAGAAGAUCAGCAAAGCAGAGAUGAAUAAAUACACAUCCUCUCUGAUCCAGUACAGCAAGAAACCAAAGACUGGCGUUUCGAGGACCAACCGUAAGAAGACGGAGAAGAAGCAGGUGUCCAUGCCUUGGACCCAGAUCACGGGCAGGGAGUCCCAGGAAGUGAAGGCCCUGCUGAGGCACGCGACUGUCCUCCUGCAGCAAAACCGCCGCCGGAGGCUCCUGCGUCAGCUGUGCUGGGAGCGGGGGCCCUGGCGCUGCCAGCUCAACCUGAGCCUGGCGCUGGCACACAUCACCCUGCUGCGGCGAAGCGUGGAGGGGGGGCGCGGGACUCGUCCACGACACAGAUACAGCCACUUGGACUCCAUCAGCUUCUCUCUGGCACAUGUGGGUACCCUGCUGAAGUGGAGGAACAGACCUCCAAGCCACCAAACUCUCAGAUUGCCACCGCUGCCCCUCAGGGCCGUCCCACAAGCUCACGGGAAAGCUACCUGCAGAAGGCCCGAGCGGAAUGGCGGUGCCAGGGGAGGAUCAGAGGAAGAACCAAACCACGCAGAGAGUCAGGCUUACUGCGAUGUGGCCCCUCCCCCGCUGCCUUCCCAGAUGACCUACGAUGGUGGCGAGUCGUCCGGGCUCCCCGAGCCCCCAGAGUCACUGAUGAAAGCCGCCAUGCACUUCAGGAGGGCCGUGGUGCUGGCCCACCGCGGGGGGCUCUGGACAUCAUUGCAGUGGGCCUGUCAGGUGCUGUGGGACCAGGCUGUCGUCAUCACCCAGCUGGUGGAACGGGGACCUUCUGCGGACCAGCCAGCCCCCCUGUCCUUGGACCAGCUGCACAGUGUUCUCAGCCCUUUACUUGUUCUGGCCACCGACUUGCUCCUGGACAUGAUGGUCAAGCUGCAGCUGUGGAAGGUUUUUGAGGGUGAGGAGGAUGAUGAGAUGGAGACCAGCCUGCAUUUUUCCACCCCAUUGCAUGAUGGCACACUGGUGGACUUCCGAUGGAUGAAGACUCUCACUCUGCACACCCUGCAGCUCCUUUUCUUUCAGAGGAAGUGGGAGACACUGGCCCACCUAGCUCUCCUCUUCAACAAUGUGACACGGGAACGUUACACCCACAUAGUUACGCCCCUGUUGGUCCACGCCCAGUGGCAGCUGUUGGAGAGGGUGGGGCAGUUUGGGGGGCCAUCAGCUCCCCAGCCACACUUCACAAGAACAGAACAGAUCACAGGCGAGAAGGUCACCUGCAGGAAUUAUACAUGGAAGCAGCUACUAUCAGGAGGGACUGUCUGUGCAAAUGUGACCCCCAGCACCUCAGAGCUGCAUCGGGCCCUCAUGCUGGUCUCCGUGCCCCUGGACGUGGAAGACACCCUGCGCUGUUUCCGGGAGAUGGUGGGGUGCACCAGCUACGCGCUGAGAAGCUUCCGGCACAGUCGAGAGCUGCUGCUGCUUGCGCUGGCCGGCACGCAGCCCGACAUGGACUCCCCAUUCUGCGGGAAAGGUCAGUUACGAGGCAGGGUGGAGUUCAGAACGGCUGCCAGCGCCACCCCAACUGCGGGCCCUCCUGACGUCUCCAGUGAGGACUUCAGUACCCUGGCUUCUGUUUGCAGCUGCCCCCUUGGCCCAGCUGAGCUCCACACCAUCAUCUCUUCCUACAACAACUCCAUCAAAUACCUGCAGGCCAAUCGGCUGAACUCUGUCAGCGUCCUGGCUCUGCAUGACCUGGGCAAUCUGCAGUUCUUCAGAGGAAACAAACGGGCCGCACUAGCUUGCUGGAGCAAGGCUUUGGACAGGGCCCUGCAGUCCUCAGGGGUCCUGGGCUCUUGGGACGGGGUCUCCUGGGGCGGCGUCACCCCCCAGGAUGUCCUGUGUCAGGCUGGGGUUUGGGGCUGCCUGCAGGGAGCAAUAUUGUCCGCUAAGAUCGCCCAGUACCUCAUGACGCCUGACCUCAAUCAGCGGACAAACUGCUGUCUGCUGUCUGUCCUGCUCUUCAAGAGGCUGCUAGGAGCCUCACUGCCUCACCCGCAGCAUGACUGGCAAUACUCUACCUACGUACUGGGUCCAGAGCUGAUACCAGGCCUGGAGUUGUUCUCUGGGCCAGGCCGGGCCCACCUGAGUAUGGCUGUGGCCAGCUUGGCCUUCCUCAGCCACUGGUUAUACGGCUGUGGACACUUCCUUGCGGCUCUGCCUAUGCUGUGUCUCUACCUGCACUUGGUUGGAUCGGUGUGUCGGGACUCGCACCUCACAGUUAGCGGUCGAAUACUGAAGGUCCAGGUGCUGACUGAGCUGAGCAUGUUCAGUGCUGCCGUGAAGGAGCUGGUCAGCCUGGUUCAGGGAGAGGACAUCCCACAGCCUCACGGCAGUUUCAUAGCAGUGGAGAAACAGGAGGUUAUGAAUUUUGAUGAGAGCAAGCCCCUGCUGGAGCCAUGUAACCUGCAGGCUGUGGAGGAGCUGGUGAACAGAGGCAUGAGCUCAGACAUGUCCCUGCUGUUUGGCCCCAAGCUGACCAGGAGACUCUGCCUGGCCAAGGCCCAGCUUAUCCUCGCCCUUUGCAGCUCCAUUCACAGCCUGCCAGAGGUCCUGGGAGAAGGAGAGGUCAGCACCUGUGGGCUCAGGACUUCACCGGUCAGUGACGAGGACCACAGUGGCCAGGAGGACAAGGAGCCUCAUGGCCUCCAGCUGGACCAAGAGGGGGAGAAACUGACCCCUGGAACCGUCAAGGCCUUGCUUCUGAGAGAGGCUAAAGGCAUCCUGACCUCCCUACCAGCCAAUGAGGAUAUGCUAGUGGUAGAUGUGGAGGAGCUGGAGAUGGCCGUAGGCACAAGGCUGCUGCUGUCUGCCCUAUUCCUUCAACAAGGCAGAGCUUCGCUCAGUGCAGACUGGGCUGUGUCAGCACUUCGUCUACUCCAGAACUCCCCCCUGCUGGAGGAAGAGAGCCCCCUAACCACUCAAAGACCACGCUCUUCUCUCCAGCAGGACAGUCGCAGGCAGCCAGAUCCUGACGAUGUUCCUGAGGCUGUGGAAGCCCGUGAGAGAUUGGGGGUGCUGUGGCUGAGCUGUCGGCUGGCCGCAGUCCGGGCCCUGACCGCACAUAUCCCCGGAUCUGCUAUUCACCCAGGUGUGGACAGCAGUGUGGAAGCAGCUCGUCUCCUGGAAGAGGGGAUUCAGGAAGCCAAGGCCUGGGGAGACCCUGACAGCAGAGCUGUCCUUCUCCUCCAGGGGGCACUGUUGGACACACACAGAGGGAGAGCCAAGGAGGACAGCCUGUCGCUGCUGCAGGAAGCAGUCCGCCUCCUGUCGGGACGCAGCAGCCUGUCCCUCCGCUCCUCGCUCACCCUGGCCGGCGCCUCCCUGCAGCUCGGUGACCUUAGGGGCACGGGGAGCCGUACCCUCUACCUGCUUGUCCAGAAGCUGCUCCAGCAGCAGCUCUCUGCCCUGGGAGAGUCCAUUUCUCUUAGAGAGGGGGGUCAAGUUCUCCUGCCCAGCAAGCUGGGAAUGAGAAACAUCUAUCUUCCACAGCUCCCCCUUCUGGCUAAGGCUACCAUGCGCCUGGGACAAAGUCUGCUGCUGGAAGCAGCAAACUCCGCCAGCGCCGACCAUAGCCAUUGGGAGUCGGCCCAGAACAUUCUGGACUCUGCAGUGGUUCUGUCCCGAGCGUCUGCGAGCAGGGACAGAGGGCUGGAGGCCGACAGCCUUUACAGCAGGGGGCUGGCAGAGUCCCGGCUGGCUUUGCUCGGCCAACGUCAGCCCCAGGGCGCAGUGGACACCCUCCUAGAGGCCAUCGCCAUUACACAGGCUGACAGCCACAGCCUGCGGUUAACCCGCCGGUGUUACCUGGAGAUGGCCUUGCUGUACCUGUGGCAGCGGCGGGUCACGCCUCUGCAGGAGGAACCGGACUCAGAUACUCCGCCUACAGCCAGAGAGAAGCAGCAGGAGGUUCCCCAAAGCACUGGUCCGCCUCCGCUGCCCACAGUCCUGACACCCGAGGAUCUUCAGUGCCUUUGCUGCUGGACCUGCGUGAGAGCAGCCUGCCAGGUGAGCAAAUCCCUCGCCAGCCCAGUCCAGCUCCACGGGGUCACCAGUGGCCACCUGCAGGCCACGGCACUGAAGCUGCUACCUGCCUUUGUGUCUGACGACCUGCUCUGCCCCUGUGGGGGGUUUGGUGAACCGGCUGGAACCAGUCCUGGCCCCUUGCCGCUGACCUGGGGGCACUUGGCUCACUACCACGCCCGCCUCGCCAACCUGCACCACACCGCUGCCCACCCAGUGACGUCGGAGUAUUUGGAGGACCUAUGUUCAAUAGCCAUGGACACCAGUCUGGUCCUGAAACUGGCCCAGCUGCACAGUUUCUUCAGUAUAUUCUUACUGUCCUACAGGGGGCAGUGUUGUGCCCCCGAAGCCCCCACAGCCCUUCUAAUGUCUAGUGCUGCCCAUGUUAAGCCACAGUUGGCUACCCUAGAGGACGUUGUCCUGGGACCCGUGCAGCUCCCCUGCUGGGCUGGUGCUGAGGACAAGCAGCUGUGUAUGCAGUGGCUCCAACCGGCACUAGAUCGGACUCUGCAGAACCAGAACUUGACUCUGCUCAUCUUUGCCUUCAGCAUGGCCCCACUCUCUGCCCCGGCUCCUGCAGCCAGCGUUGUGUCAGGGCUGCGAUGUGGCCAAUUAAGCGUUUGCCAGGAUGGGCUGGAGGCCGUACACACCCGGCUUCGCUCCCUCUGUGCCACGGUGAACAUGUCCCCCUCCGUACCCCUCAGCAGCCUGGUAACCCCCACCCCAAAGCUAGAGAGGGAGCAUAAGGCCAGCACCCAGGACAUGGGGGCACCCCCAGAUUCCCACAUGUUGGAGCUGCAAGAGGAGAUCACAGGCUGCCUUCUUCAGAUCCAAUCCCUGCUGAAGCCCAGCUCAGACCCGGCUGUCAUCGCAGAGGUCCCAUUCGAGCCCAGUCGGCAGAAUCUUGCAGACCUGGAACGCUGCUUCAGCCCCAGUGAGGGCGCUGUGGUCUCAUCAAAGGUGGCAUCAUGGCUGGCCUCCCUUCUGCUCUGAGCUGUGUGAUCCUACGAGAAUCCCAGUUCCUUUGAUGAGAGUUGCACCUCGGUCGAAAACUAGGGCCCAAAGGUUGACAUCCAUGCAUCGGAAGUAACAGCCUGGUCCCUGGCCCAGACAUCAGGGCAGCACCUUCAUAAACGUUUUUAAGAACAUAAGAAAUUUACAAACGAGAGGAGGCCAUUCGGCCCAUGAAGCUCAUUUGGGGAGAACUUAACUAAUAGUUCCAGUUCCCAGUUCUGUUCACACUAUGAUUGCAUUGAUUUUGUCGGGGGCAAUUCUGGGAUUUCACUCUUAAAGGCUCUCCUUAGGGUUUCCACUUUCAAUCUGAAGCAGUAUAACCCCCCUCCCCCCCACCACCCCCCCGUGAGAAGCAGUCUCUUAAUAGUUUAAUGUAAUGUCUUGUUUAGUACUGUAGGGAUGCAAGUAAGAGCUGUAGCCCAUUGCUUGAAUUAUUAAUGCUGACAUGACAGUAAGAGCAGAGAUGGAAAUUUCCGGCACAGAAAAUAAAAAUGCAGACCAAGAUUUUGUUUACAUUUACAGUAUUUGGCAGACGCCCUUAGCCAGAGCGACUUACAUAAGUGCUUUGAGACUCUGCGAUGAAUUUUUCUGAUACUAGCUCAAUAAGGACCCAGGCUAUGAAUACCAUCUAUCUGAAUACUCUGUUGGGAAAGUGCGAAACUUUUUUUUUUUUUUUUAUACACACACACAAGGAAAAGAGCUUAGAGUAAGAAUGCAGAAGUACUGUACUACUUCAGGUAUUUCUGAAAAAGGAAUGUUUUCAGUUGUCGCUUGAAGACAGUCAAGGAUUCAGCUGUUCGGACAUCAAGGGGGAGUUCAUUCCACCAACUAGGUGCCAGGACAGAGAAGAGCCGAGAUGUGUGUCUUCCUUGUGCCUUGAGGAGUGGUGGGACCAGUCGAGCAGUGCUGGAGGAUCAGCGAGAUCGUGGUGUAGUGCGGGGUGUGAUGAGAUCUUUUAGGUAGGAUGGUGCCAGACCAUUUUUGGCUUUGUAUGCGAGCAUCAGUGUUUUGAAUCUGAUGCGGGCAGCUACCGGAAGCCAGUGGAGAGAGCGCAGCAAAGGAGUGGUGUGGGAGAACUUAGGAAGGUUGAGAACAAGACGAGCAGCUGCAUUCUGAAUCAGUUGGAGGGGACAGAUGGCGCGCAGUGGUAAACCCGCUAGAAGCGAGUUGCAAUAGUCGUUUCGGCUGUUUCAGCCAGCCAGUUGAUUAUAAAGAGUCACAUGCACAGAGUACACAACUGAAUGGUUAAAACACAACAUUGGCCUAGAUUUUUACUUUCUGGACCUGUAUUUUCCACCUCUGAAUAAGAGGCAGGUUAUUGGUUAGUGAUAAUGUGCCAUCCUGUAAGUGGCCAGAAAAAUGCAGAGUGACCAGCAGAACAAGCCCCACGCUUUCAGACUGUAGGCAUAACGCCACAUCCCGGCUUGUGGUUCCUGGGAAUUCCUUAGCAAGCUGGCUCCAGCAGCCGUCCUUCCUGAUCUGUUACUUAGACAAGACUGAACCACAGAUGGUGUGUCUGGGGGGAUGCUGAAAUUCCAUCUCUAAUAAAAACCAGUUUGAUUAGCAAAGCCA